AUGGCGAGCGCUCAGCUGAUACCAUCCACGACAGAGAUUCAUGAUGCCGACCCUUCCUCUGCGCCACUACAUGCCAUACCUCGUCGCGUACAAGAACUCAAAGAGGGCCAGCCCAAGGAGGGCCCUCGCAAACGGUUAAAGGCUCGCGCUCGUCGCGGCCCUUCUCGUCGGUGGCGCGAACAAAUCAUUUCCGACGUGCAAGACGAUGAAUCCUUCAACAGGCACCUCGAUAUCCUCAAGAUCAUUCGCAGCAUCCCUGAGCUUAGAGACCACGCCCCUCAAGCCCGCUUUAUGCACCUCUCCUACAGGGAGAUACAGGGAAUCAAAAGCCAGCUCUACCGAUCUGUCAAAAUACUGUACAACAACGGAGUCGGAUACAAUAUCUACCCUCAUCACCUUUAUCUGUACGGUUCCAGGUCCUGGGAUCCCACUCCUCUACUAUUUCUUGGAUCAGUCACGAGUUCCGACAUACUAGACGUUGGGCAGUUGGACUGGAAGGAGCAGAGAGCUCAUGUAUCCGCCGACCUGGCCAAGCAUGCGAGAGCAGAGAUGGAUCGGGCAACGUCCAUCAUCAACGAGAAGAACGCCGCCAUCGACUCAGCGAAAGCAGACUUGACAGAAGCACAGGCUAUUAUGGCGGAAGCAUUUCAAAUGAUAAAAAAUGCUCGCGCUACCUUAGAGGGAGUUAAUGUCACUACCAAGGAAAUCUACUCCUCCGUUGUCGACCCUCAAUGCGCCUGGGAUCGCGCACAGUUGAAAAAGGAGAAUGCAAACACAAAACUGAAACAGACGGAUGCUCUUACUGACAGAGCAAAUACUCUCCUCCAGAAGUAUGGCAUUCCGAAGCUAAAUCAUGGAGUGGACGCAGAGGAUGCCAUCUCACAUUCUGAUAUCAAGCCAGAGGACAAUGUUGAGAUAAAAAACGACAGCCCAGCUAUAAACGCUAAAGUUACCAACGAAUGCACCGCACAGGAUGAGGCUUCAACUGACCAAAUCAACUCCACAGAAGAGGGUAGAUUUGGCACAUGA